AUGUCUGGAUUUGAUUUCACGGACCGCGCCCAGACGUCCCUGGCCGCGGCAUUUCAACUAGCAAAGGACUAUGCACAUGCGCAGCUAGCACCUGCGCACAUUGCAUUGUCGCUGUUCAACGACGAUACAUCCAACUCGACUGGAGUUCAAAGCACCAACAAGGACUCACAGUCCCUUUUUAAGAGCAUAUGUGAGAAGACGGGUAUCGACAUUUCAAGUCUUGACUCCAAGCUUCGCACUGCGUUGCGCAAGAUCCCGCAGCAGUCGCCUGCCCCAGACGACGUGAGUCUGACAGGAGCAGCAAACAAGGUCCUCAAGAACGCACAGCAGUUCAAGACACAGCAACGUGACUCGUUUAUUGCUCAAGACCAUCUAUUGCUUGCCCUGCUUGAGGACUCGAAUAUCGCCUCCAUGCUGAAAGACGCAGGUCUCGCCAACGAGGAGCUCUUCAAGAAUGCAUUGAACCAGGCUCGCGGCGGUCGUCAUAUUGAUUCCAAGACCGCGGAGGCUGGCUACGAUGCCUUGAACAAGUACUGCUCGGACCUUACAGCGCUUGCUGCGGAAGGCAAGCUGGACCCUGUCAUCGGUCGUGACAAUGAGAUUCGACGAGUAGUCCGAGUUCUCUCCCGACGCACCAAGAACAACGCGGUACUCAUCGGUAGUCCCGGUGUUGGUAAGACGGCAGUGGUUGAAGGUCUGGCUCAGCGCGUCAUCGACCGUGAUGUGCCUCCGAAUCUUCUCGGAAAGAUCUACUCGCUCGACAUGGGUGCGCUGAUGGCCGGUGCCAAGUACAAGGGUGAAUAUGAAGAGCGCGUCAAGUCGGUGCUGGCUGAGAUCGAAAAGAUGACGAACGACGGCACUCCUUGUAUUCUGUUUAUUGAUGAGAUGCACCUGAUGAUGGCAGGUAAGGGUGGUGACAGUGGUAUGGACGCAGCGAACCUGCUCAAGCCCAUGUUGGCCCGCGGCAAGCUGCGCUGCAUCGGUGCCACGACACUCAACGAGUACCGCCAGAGCAUUGAGAAGGAUGCGGCGCUGGAACGUCGCUUCCAACAAGUCCUGGUGGAAGAACCUACGGUCGAAGACGCUAUUGCGAUUUUGCGUGGUCUGCGCGAAAAGUACGAAGUGCAUCACGGUGUACGUAUUCUCGACAGUGCAUUGGUGUCAGCUGCACAAUUGGCCAAGCGUUAUUUGACGGCUCGCAAGCUCCCUGACUCGGCCAUCGACCUGGUGGACGAAAGCUGUGCUGAUGUCACUGUGUCGCGUGAGACUGUGCCUGAGGCCAUUGAUACACUUGAGCGUCGCAAGGUGCGCCUUCAAAUUGCCAUGACGGCACUGGAGCGUGAGAAAGAUCCACAGAGCAAGGAGCGUCUGACUCAGACGCGUCAGGAACUGGCCCAGCUGGAUGAUGAACUUGCGCCUCUCAAGGCCGAAUUCGAAGCUCAGAGGGCUAAGGGGGAUGAGCUGAAUAAUGUGCGUCGUAAGAUUGAAGAGCUGCGUGCCAAGGCCAGCGAUGCUGAGCGUCGCUACGACUUGGAAACGGCUAGUGACCUCAUGUACUACGCCAUCCCUGACCUUGAGAAGCGAGCCGAUAAACUGCAAGAGCAAGCGCGCAAGGAUGAGGCCGAGGGUAAGACGAACUUGGCCAAUACGGUCACGAGUGAAAACAUUGCCUCGAUCGUGAGCCGCUGGACCGGCAUUCCUGUGACCAAGAUGAUGGAGAGCGAGCGUGUCAAGCUGCUUCGUCUCGAAAAGAUUCUGCAGCGUGAUGUGGUCGGCCAGGAAGAUGCAGUGAAAGCUGUAGCACAGGCGAUCCGUCUCUCUCGCAGUGGUCUGUCGAACCAGAGUCGUCCGAUCGCGAGCUUCCUAUUCUGUGGUCCGUCUGGUACGGGUAAGACGCUUAUGAGCAAGACGCUGGCUUCGUACAUGUUUGACGAUCCUGAUGCGAUCGUUCGUAUCGAUGCGAGCGAGUACUCGGAGAAGCACAGCAUAUCUCGCCUGAUUGGUGCGCCGCCAGGUUACGUUGGAUUUGAUGAGGGCGGUGUGCUGACGGAGGCCGUGCGCCGUCGACCCUUCUCGAUCGUUUUGAUCGACGAGAUUGAAAAAGCUGCGCGCGAGUUUGUGCAGCUAUUUUUGCAAGUUCUCGACGAGGGUCGCUUGCAGGACAGUCAAGGCCGCCAGGUGUCGUUCCGAAACACGAUCAUCAUUAUGACGAGCAACCUGGGCUCGAGCUUUAUCAAUGAGUCUGAAGAGGAAGACAUUUCAGAGCCCGUGCGCCAGCUGGUACAGUCAGCGAUUUCAGCGCACUUCCCGCCCGAAUUCAUCAAUCGCAUUGACAGCAUUGUGACCUUCCGCAAACUGGGCCGAAUGGACGUUCGCCGCAUCGUCGACAUCCGCCUCAAGGAAGUGCAAAAGCGCCUUAUCGAAAACGGCCGCCACUCCAGGAUCAUGGUCGAUGAGGAGGCCAAGAACUGGCUUGGCAGCAUAGGCUACUCGCCAACGAUGGGUGCUCGCCCGUUGGGUCGUGCGAUUCAGGACCAGCUGCUGAACCCGCUGAGUCUGCUUCUCUUGCGCGGCCAGAUUCACAAUGACGACCCGGAAAUCCACGUCACCUUUGACAAGUACCGCAACGCGCUUACGGUGCAAGCGAAUCACGAGGCUGUUCCUGGCACAUUAGAUGACGAUGACGUGGAUAUGGAGGAGGACGAUCUCGACGAGCCACUGGACUAG